GAUCGGUCCGUCAAAGUGUCUCAAAAAAGCUGGACAAUUGGGGUAUGCCAGCAAGGACAGCUAGGCCAGGCUCGGGGAUCGGGUAAGUGGAAGGGGAUUGUGGCCGGUACAUAGCAAGAAUGGUUGGCUCUCAAUCGCAGCAUCGAAGCCCUCUUCCUCUCACUCACCAUUUCUUCCUCACUUACCUGUAUGUGCCUGUAAAUACCAACCUCCAAGCGAUUCCAGAUUCAGCACGCAGAAUCUGCCAAUUCGACCUUUAUCGCUGCUUUUCAUCUCCUAGUUUUGUAGGAUAAGCUCGUCCAGUCAACCCUGGCCAUGUCGAGCCCGCCGUCUCGUCUCAAGAACAUCCUGGGACACCUCCUCUCAUCCUCCACUACCAAGAAAGAUGAGCCCCUUCCGAACCACCACAUACACCAGCUCUCACCAACCUUCUUUCUGGAGCGUGCCGCUGCGAUAGAGCCCGAUGCUGAAGCCAUCUUCCAUGUGACAGCCAACGGCCGAACCCUGCGACGGUCUUACAUAGAGUUCGCAGACAGAGCGCGCGGCCUUGCUUACUACCUGAAGAAGCACGGCUUCAAGAGGGUGGGCAUCCUCGCGCCCAACACGCCCGCCUUUCUUGAGUCCAUCUUUGGCAUUGCCGCCGCUGGUGGGGUUAAUGUGGGCGUCAACUACAGAUUGAAGCCGGAUGACAUCACCUACAUAUUCGACUUUGCCGAGGUCGACUCAAUCAUCGUCGACCAGGAGUUCAUCCACCUGCUUGAUGAAUUCAAGGAGAAGCACCCCAAGGUUCCCUUGAUCAUUGACACUGAUACCGACUACACGGAGGGCGCUUUGAGUGGCCCCUUUGAUGAUGCCGUCUUAGAGGGCCUGCAGUAUGAUCAACAACAUGGUCAGGGCUGGGCCGGCCUCCACUCACAGUCUGGUAAUGAGGAUGAUAUGCUUGCGAUUCCGUUCACCUCAGGAACUACGAGUAGGCCCAAGGGCGUAGUCUACACACAUAGGGGUGCCUAUCUGGCUGCUGUUGGAAAUGUCAUCGAAUCAGGACUGAACUACCAUACUGGCCGUUGCAAAUAUCUAUGGACUUUACCCAUGUUCCACGCCGUCGGUUGGACAUUCCCUUGGGCGGUAACGGCUGUCCGUGGAACGCAUGUGUGCUUGCGAAAGAUCGACUAUCCUCUCAUCUGGAAAUUGCUCAAAGAAGAAGGCAUCACACACUUCAACGCAGCUCCAACAGUCAAUACUCUAUUGUGCUCAGCGAACGAGGCCGAAAAGUUGCCCCAAGAAGUGCGGGUGACUGUAGCUGCCAGUCCUCCAAGUGCGCACUUGUUCGAACAGAUGACAAACCUCAACCUCUUCCCUGUCCAUGUCUAUGGCAUGACUGAGACCUAUGGCCCCAUCACCAAAGGGUACCACAUGCCAUCAUGGGAGACCCUCCCAACAAACGAGAAAUACGCCAAAAUGGCUCGCCAGGGCCAUGGCUUCGUCACGAGUCUUCCCAUUCGAAUUAUCAAGACGGACCAGCCGGAGGGCAUUCUUAUUGAUGUUGCCAAGGACGGCAAAGAAAUCGGCGAGAUUGUAUUCUUGGGGAAUAUCUGCGCCAAGGAGUAUUUCAAGGAUGCCGAAGCUACCAAGAAGUUGUUCGACGGCGGUGCGCUGCACUCUGGGGAUCUCGCCGUCUGGCAUCCCGACGGGUCGGCUCAGAUUCUCGAUAGAGCAAAGGACAUCAUCAUUUCAGGUGGCGAGAAUAUUUCUUCGGUGGCUCUGGAGGGCAUGCUCGUACAACACCCUGAUCUUCUGGAAGCGGCCGUGGUAGCGGUGCCUGAUUCACACUGGGGCGAGCGUCCUAAAGCCUACGUGACUGUCAAAGAAGGCAAGAGCUUGAAAGGGGAAGACCUGAUUUCGUGGGCAAAGCACCAAAGCAACAUCUCCAAGUUCAUGGUGCCUCGGGAGGUUGAAGUUGUGGACGAGCUUCCAAAGACCAGCACUGGCAAGCUGAAGAAGAAUGUCUUGAGAGAAUGGGCCAAGGGAAAGAGGGAGUAGACAAGAUGAAGAAGAGUGAUGUUGGUCUUUCAUGUCAGACGCAGCAGCUAGAGACGGUAGACUGAGGGAAGACGGAAAGGGAUAUGAAGGAGAAGUUUAGCUCUGUCGAGCAAAAUAGAAGCAAGAUCAUGAUCACGCGCCACUACCUACACACGAUUAUACC